CGGAAGUGUACGCGAGGGCGACGGAGCCGUGGGGACGAUGCGAAGUGGUGACUUUCUCCCCAGAUGCUGAGGUGCCUGGAUCCCUGGCGCAGGCAGUUACUGAGCUGCAGCUGGAGUAGGCUGUGUCUUCUGAAGCACUCUGUGUUUACAAUGAAGUUGCAGUCUCCAGAAUUCCAGUCACUUUUCACAGAAGGAUUGAAGAGUCUGACAGAAUUAUUUGCCAAGGAAAAUCAUGAGUUGCGAAUCGCGGGAGGAGCUGUGAGGGACCUGCUGAGUGGGGUGAAGCCACAGGAUGUGGACUUUGCCACCACGGCCACCCCCGCUCAGAUGAAGGAGCUGUUCCAAUCGGUCGGCAUCCGCAUGAUCAACAACAAAGGAGAGAAGCAUGGGACCAUAACCGCCAGGCUUCAUGAAGAAAACUUUGAAAUUACUACACUGAGGAUUGAUGUAGCCACUGAUGGAAGACACGCUGAGGUGGAAUUCACAACUGACUGGCAGAAGGAUGCUGAGCGCAGAGAUCUCACCAUAAAUUCCAUGUUUUUAGGUUUUGAUGGUACUUUAUUUGACUACUUUAAUGGUUAUGAGGAUUUAAAAAAUAAGAAAGUUAGAUUUGUUGGACAAGCUAAACAGAGGAUACAAGAAGAUUACCUUCGAAUUUUAAGGUAUUUCAGGUUUUACGGGAAAAUUGUUGACAUGCCUGGUGACCACGAUCCUGAGACUUUGGAAGCAAUUGCAGAAAAUGCAAAAGGCUUGGCAGGAAUAUCAGGAGAGAGGAUCUGGGUGGAACUGAAAAAGAUACUUACCGGUAACCACGUGAACCAUCUGAUUCAUCUCAUCUAUGAACUUGAUGUGGCUCCUUACAUAGGCUUGCCUGCUAAUGCAAGUUUAGAAGAAUUUAACAAAGUCAGUAAAAAUGUGGAAGGUUUUUCACCAAAGCCAAUGACUCUCUUGACUUCGCUGUUCAAAGUACAGGAUGAUGUCACGAAAUUGGAUCUGAGGUUGAAGAUUUCGAAAGAAGAGAAGAAUCUUGGUUUAUUUAUUGUUAAAAAUAGGAAAGAUUUAAUUAAGGCAGUAGAUAGUUCAGAACCACUGAAACCCUAUCAAGACUUCAUCAUAGAUUCUAGAGAGGCGGAUGCGACGGCGCGUGUGUGUGAGCUUCUCAAGUACCAAGGCGAGCACGGUCUUCUGAAGCAGCUGCAGCAGUGGUCCAUUCCCCCGUUUCCUGUAAGUGGCCAUGACAUCAGGAAAGUGGGCGUUUCUUCCGGAAAAGAAAUUGGGGUGCUCUUACAGCAGUUGCGAGAACAGUGGAAGAAAAGUGGUUACCAGCUGGAAAAAGAUGAACUACUGAGUUACAUAAAGAAGACCUACAGUUGAUGGGAGUGGACUACGAAAAGCAGAAGGUUUUGGUGAGACUCGUUUCCUUUCCCCUCCCUCUGAGUGAGAUCUAAGAGACUCGAAUAUAUAGCAGAAGGAAAGCCAGCUUAGGGGAUCUCUUCAGAAGAAUAAAGGUCUUAUUUUAUGGAGACUACAUUUCAGGCACCAAGGUCAAGUCUACUUCCUCUUAAUCUGAUCUGUUAUCACUGAAGCUUGUAAUUCUCUUGGAAUAGUUCCUACUGAGAAAAGUAGUUGGUGCCUCUUAAUCUGUCUAGGCUUUUUUAAAGUGGAUUUUUGGUUGGUUUUGUUGCAUAUGACAGAGCUGAGAUUGUUCCUAAGAAGUGCUAAGUGUCUUGAAAAACAGAAGUUUCUUUGUAUUUGCAGUUGAAAUAACUGGGUUAAUUUAGUACAACGAUGGUCUAUGGUGUCAGUUUUUUUCUGAAUUCUAGAAUAAACUUGUGUUUGAAUACAGCU